AUGGAAGAAAUAUUUCUUAAACCUUUAAUUAUUGAUGUAAUACCAUAUGGUACAUCAUCAUCAUCAAUUUAUUCAAGUCGAUCGAAUUUAAAUCUAACUUCAACUAUAUUUCAACAAAUAAUGUUGAAUAUAACAGAAUCCAUAACAUUAUCUGAAUUUACUAAUGCGUCGUCACAUGAUAAUACUGACGGCAUGAAUUCACUUAUUCGCUAUAGACUUCUCUAUCGUAAUUAUCAUGGUAUUAUAUCAAGUUUUGUAUGUAUAUUUGGUUUAACAUGUAAUUUAUUUAAUAUUAUUGUUUUAACACGUCCAUUAAUGCGUUCAUCAACCAAUACGAUUUUAACAUCCUUAGCAUUAUCAGAUUUACUUAAAAUGGUAUCUGUUUUACCAGCAGUUAUUAUUUUUUAUUGUUUACCUAAAAGUGAACUUAAGAGUGAACCUGAUGCAACAUCAUAUUUUCAAGUUCGAUUUUAUAUGAUACAUAUGUUAUUUACAUUAACAUUACAUUGUAUAAGUACAUGGUUAACUGUUUUUCUUGCUGCAUUUCGUUAUGUAUUUUUAAAUUGUAAAACUUUAUCUGCUUAUGUAUCAUCACCCGAUCGAGCAUUUAUUGGUGUUAGUAUAAUUGUUAUAUUUUCAAUAAUCCUUUGUACUCCAUCUUAUGUUGAACAACAUAUUGUUAAAUUUUAUGAUAAUGUUACAUCGUCAUCAUCAAAUAUUUCUAAAGAAACUAUAUCUUAUAUUUUUCAAGAGACUGAAUUUAGCAAAUCAUUAUCAUUACGACAUACCGUAUUCGUAUUACAUAGUGUUAUAUUUAAAUUAAUUCCAUGUGCAUUUUUAUUAUUAUUCAGUUUUUUACUAAUACAACAAUUACGUGAUGCAUUACAAAAAUCUGAACAAUUACAUCGACAUUCAACAACAAACACAAUUACUUCUGUAAAUAAUGGACGUGUACGUGGUAGAAGACGUGAAAAAGAAAAUCGUCGUACAACAUUAAUGUUAGUUAUUGUUUGCGCUUUAUUUCUUGUUACCGAAUUACCUCAAGGUGCAAUAUUAUUAUUAGCAUUUCUUUCAAAAACAAGAUCAAGAUAUUAUUUUGAAAUUUAUCAACAUCUCGGUGAUACAUUUGAUAUAUUAGCAUUGAUAAAUAAUUCAGUUAAUUUUAUUCUGUAUUGUUUUAUGUCACGAGCAUUUCGUGAUACAUUUAAACAAACAUUUUGUUCAUGUCAAAAUGUUGAUCGUCGUCCAUCAGCAUCAUCAGUUGCACAAGGAGCAGCAAAACGACGAAGUUUAAAUCCAUCUACAGCUUAUGAUACUGUUAUAACAAAUAAAUGUUCGGAUGGCUAUCGAACAAGUUUAACUCCAAUAAUAAAAACAUUAUCUGAUAAUCCCACAAAGAAAAAAAAACGUAAAGCAUUAAAAUUUUUAAAACAAUCGAAUUCAGUUGCAUUAUAA